GUUCCGCCCUAGCAGCCAUGGCCGCGUAGCGUCUCCUCGGCAGCCGCGCUCGGACAUGGGCCUGCCCCGGGCCGGCGGGCGGAGGCAGCGAGUCCCCGCGGCGAAAAAUAUUGGUAGAGACUUCUAAGAAGCUGUAACAUCCUAGAAGGGACAUAAGUAACAAUAUUAACAUGCCUGCUGUGGCAUCUGUACCUAAGGAGCUCUACCUCUCUACUUCAUUGAAAGAUCUCAACAAGAAGACAGAAGUAAAACCUGAAAAGACCAGUACAAAAAGUUAUGUGCAGAGUGCCCUUAAGAUUUUCAAGGCAGCAGAGGAAAGCAGACUGGAUGGAGAUGAAGAAAAAGCUUACAUCCUAUACAUGAAAUAUGUGGCUGUUUAUAACCUUAUUAGAAAGAGACCUGAUUUUAAGCAGCAGCAGGAUUAUUUUCAUUCAAUUCUGGGACCUACAAAUUUAAAAAAAGCUCUUGAUGAAGCUGAAAUACUGUCAGACAGCCUUAAACUCAGAUACGAGGAAGCUGAAGUUCGGAAAAAACUUGAAGAGAGGGACAGACAAGAGCUGCAGAAAAAGCAAGAACCAAAAGAUGAUGGAAAGAGCUCAGCCAAAAACUCCUCAGAAAGUGCUGUGGAUUCCAAAGGAAAAAGCCAAAGGAUUAAUGGUGAGACAAAGCAUUCACUGGAAAGAAAAGAUCAGUCUGAUAGCCUGAGUGGAGCAGUCACACCUGAGAGACUGUUUGCAAUGAUGUCAGACAAAAAUAUUGAAUUGCUUAUAAUGGAUGCUCGAAAAUCAAAGGAUUAUCAGGAAUCCUGUAUUCCAAAAUCCAUCAGUGUCCCAGAAGAAGCUAUCCAUCCUGGAGAUACUGCUUACCUGAUUGAAGCUAGACUCCCAGAGGAGUCUAGGGAUGCAUGGAAGAGGAGAGGACAGUUCCAUUAUGUUAUACUGCUAGACUGGUUUAGUUCUGCUGAAGACUUAAAGCUGGGAACAACUCUACAGAGCCUGAAAGAUGCACUUUUUAAGUGGGAAAGCAAAACCAUCCUGCAGAAUGAACCUUUAAUUCUAGAGGGAGGUUAUGAAAACUGGCUCCUUUGUUUUCCCCAGUACACAACAAAUGCUAAAGUAACUCCACCCCAGCAUGGCAGGACUGAAGCAGUGACUGUUUCUUUGGAUUUUACAUAUCCAUCUCUGGAAGAGCCAGCUCCUGUGCUACCCAUUGUUGCUGAAAAUGAAGAAAUGGGAGAUAAUUUGGAAGAGAGACUAAAAUCACUUAACAGACCAAACAUACAAGAUGCUGCUGUUCCAAAAUCUGACAGUUCCUUUGUAGUUAAUCCCAUGUCAGUUACAAGAAGUAUCCCUGAGGUGGAUCGUUCUAAAAAGCCUUCACUAAAAAUCCUCGGUGAUAACAGAGCAAAACCUGCAAGUACAAUCAGUGACAGCCAGUCUGGUGAGAGUGGAAGAAUAGUUCCAGACCGCUCCACAAAGCCUGUGCAUGAUGGAAGGAGCACUCUGACAGAAGAAGAAAAAAGUCGGGUCCAUGCAGAAACUGCUGCUCUGUUAGAGAAAAACAGACGGGAAAAGGAACUGCGGGAGAGGCAGCAGCAGGAACAGAGAGAGAGGCUCAGGAGAGAAAAAGAAGAACAAGAACGAAAAGAAAAAGAACAAAAACAAAAGGCAAAAGAGGAACAGAAUGAGAAGGAACACAAAGAAAAGCUACAGCAAUCAAAAGAGGACAGAGAGCAGAAGGAGAGGGAUGAAGAAAUAAAAAGAGAGCAGGAGGAAAAGGAACAAGAAAGAGCACACAGAGAAGCAGUAGAAGCAAAAAAGCAAAAUAAAAAUGAACCAGAAAACAUUGGUGCAAAAAGGAUUGAGAUUGACAAAAUAUCCAUGGAAGAAAGAGAAAAGGGAACUCGAACACCAGAAACACAGAAACGGGCACUGGGUGAUGCAUCUCAGACCUUUGUGACUGUUCCAGGCAAGCAAAUGGGGGUUAAAGGACAACCAGACAGUGAAGCUCAAAAGCCAGGACCCCUUAGAGAGGAUUCUGAACAAGAUACUGAAAGACUUAAAUCCCAGCGGGAGCCAUUAAUGAGAGCACGAAGUGAGGAAAUGGGAAGGAUAGUCCCAGGGCUGCCUGCAGGUUGGGUAAAGUUCCUGGAUGACAUCACUGGAACCUAUCGUUACUAUCACUCUCCAACCAACACUGUUCAGAUGUACCCACCAGAAAUGGCUCCUGCAGCCACUCCUCCAUCCACCCCUCCCACGCGCAAAGCCAAGGCGAAGGUGGCAGCUGAGCGGGAGAGGGAACACUCCAAGCUCAAGCGCUCCUACUCGUCCCCAGAUAUCACCCAGGCCAUCCAGGAGGAAGACAAGAAAAGAAUUCCUGUCACUCCUGCAGUCAAUCGUGACAAUAAACCUGCGUGUUACACUAAAGCAGAAAUUUCCAGGCUCUCUGCAUCGCAGAUUCGCAAUCUCAAUCCCGUGUUUGGGGGAUCGGGACCAGCUCUGACAGGACUUCGUAAUCUAGGGAACACUUGCUACAUGAAUUCCAUAUUGCAGUGUCUGUGCAAUGCACCUCACCUGGCUGAGUAUUUCAACAGAAACUUGUAUCAAGCUGAUAUUAACAGGUCAAAUUUCCUGGGGCAUAAAGGUGAAGUGGCUGAAGAGUUUGGUGUAAUAAUGAAAGCUUUAUGGGCAGGACAGUAUAAAUAUAUCAGUCCAAAGGACUUCAAAAUUACAAUUGGGAAAAUUAAUGACCAAUUUGCAGGAUAUAGCCAACAGGACUCCCAAGAAUUGCUUCUCUUUCUAAUGGAUGGCUUGCAUGAGGACCUAAAUAAAGCUGACAACAGGAAAAGAUACAAGGAAGAAAAUAACGAUCACCUGGAUGACUCAAGUGCAGCAGAAAUAGCCUGGCACAAACACAAGCAGCUCAACGAGUCCAUCAUUGUGGCACUGUUCCAAGGGCAGUUCAAAUCCACCGUGCAGUGUCUGACGUGUCACAAGAGGUCCCGAACCUUUGAGGCUUUCAUGUAUCUGUCAUUGCCACUUGCAUCCUCCAGCAAAUGCACUCUGCAGGAAUGCCUUAGAUUGUUCUCCAAAGAAGAAAAGCUCACCGAUAACAAUAGAUUUUACUGUAGCCAUUGCAAAACUCGAAGGGAUUCUUUGAAAAAAAUAGAAAUUUGGAAAUUACCACCUGUGCUUCUUGUGCACUUGAAACGAUUUUCCUAUGAUGGAAGAUGGAAACAAAAGCUUCAAACUUCAGUAGAUUUUCCACUGGAAACUCUUGACCUCUCUCAGUAUGUUAUUGGUCCAAAGACUUCCUUGAAGAGAUACAAUCUGUUCUCAGUAUCGAAUCAUUACGGUGGGCUGGACGGGGGGCACUACACAGCCUACUGCAAAAACGCUUCAAAACAGCGCUGGUUUAAGUUUGAUGACCAUGAAGUGUCCGAGAUCUCGGCGUCCUCGGUGAAGUCCUCAGCUGCUUACAUUCUCUUUUAUACUUCCUAUGAACAGCGAGCAGUAGACAUGGCCACGUAAAGGGAUGUGGCUUAAGGAAACUGGUUUUCUUUCUUCAAGAGCAAAGUAGGCCUGGGAAUGCACACAAAUAUGCAGAAGUGCAGCAGACACAGUCACUGGAGUGGGAGGAGCAGGGUGUCUGCCAGCAGGGCUCGCUGGGGCCGUGGCAGUGCUUCACAGUCAGACUGAUGGGCAAUGCUUGUGGUCAUACUGCCAUCUGUGGAACCAUUUACAAGCAUACUUGCAUUACUGUUUAUUUAAAAAAGAACUAUAUUUUUAGUCUGCUCCAAGAUUAAAUUCUAGCUUAGUCAUCUAAAAUCUAUUAACAAGUAGUUUAAAAUGUCUUAAAAUCCCAAGGCAUAUCUUGGUUUAUUUUUUUCUUUCACUGUUAAAGGCCUUUUCACAUUUCUAACCUUAAGCUUGACUCUACUGUGAAUACUCUAGAACGAUGUAAACAGUUAGGAAUGUAAGUGUACAUAUUGAUUGCAUACUUGCACAUCAGAAUUAUGUAUAUAAUAAAAUGUUGUCCUUUUUGUGAGAAUCUCUAAAACUCAGAGGAUUGCAUUUAUUUGCCAGCUCUAAGUAAUUGCAACACUACUUAAUAAAAAAGCAGAGCUGUAUUAUUUUUUCUGUUAGCUUUUGUCAAUAUUUGUGCACUUCAGAGUUAUUCUAAACAAUAUUUUCCUUUUUAAUUUUUUAAUAUAAAUUUUCAUGUACACAUGCAUUAAAAACCUUAAUGAAGAAAUUAUUUAAAAAUAUAUCCUGUUAAAUGUA